AUGUCGAGCUUCAUCGUCCGUCCUACAAAUUCGGACAAAGACGCUUUUCGCGUCAGGUUGACCGCGGUAUCCAUGUUGUCAUUGAAACUGAAGGCCGGUGACAUUUGUGAAUUGCGUACAUUGGACGAGCCCGACACAGACAGGAAGAAAUUAGCAAUAGCCUGGGAAGCGUCCGGCGCUGGAAUGAAGGACACCAUCGUUCAGACCUCAAAGCUGCUGCAAGAAGUGUAUGGUUUCAAACUAGGGGACAAGGUCACGAUCACCAGGUCAUCCAGACCUCUACAGGACGCGACCAGGAUUAGUUUGCAACGCCUUGGAGGUCCGCUUGGUGACGAGGAUGCUGAAUUCUACGCAAAGUAUGCGAGAGUCGCUCUUCCUGGUGCGGACGGAUUUCUGGUGCUCGACCAGAAAAUACAGUUCAAACUUGGUGCUGAGGUGAACGAGUUCGUGGUCAAAGACAUCGGAGUUGUUGACACUAUGAUUGUACGAGUCACGCGGAAUACACAGUUUCGGAUAGGCAACGGCGAGGACUCACUUCCUGCAGUCAACAUCGAUUUCCAGCCCACAAAUCUGGGCGGGUUAGACGCACAAUCACGCAAAGUUCAAGGUAUUGUCAACAGGUUAUGUACCCCGAACGAGAAGCAGCUCUGGCCAUCCUACAGACCAGUCCAGGGGAUAUUACUGUAUGGAGCAAAAGGUACUGGUAAGACUGCAUUUAUUACCGCACUGUCAAACUCCGGUUGGCCUACGGUCACCCAAUGGGAACCCAAAACAGUAGUGAGGCCACCAACAGAGCCGCAAUUGAUCAUUGUUCAGUCGUCCUAUCUAUCGCGGGAUUCUGCGGGUGCGUCUAGCUUGGCGCAAGGGCUUAAUAGCUUGUUCGAACAGAUCAAAGGCGGCCCAAUACUUGUGGUCGGCGAGACUGGUCACCCAAAUGACAUUCACCAGACACUACGGGGGAGGGGAAAGUUCGGAGUUGAGAUCGAACUCCCUAUACCUUCAGCUCAGCAGAGAAAGGAAAUACUGCUGGCAUUACGCGGCGGAGGAACCCUUCCCGACCAUAAUAUCCUCCAAGAAAUGGCAGAGAGGACGCACGGUUACGUGGGUGGUGACCUGGAAGACCUUUACGGAAGAACCGUCGAGUUUGCUGUUGACAGACUGAGGCUCGCUGCCACUCAUGAUGUCGCAGUAGUCGAUGGCGAUACCGCGGAUUACAAAUCAACCCCUACCAAUGGCAAGAACACAUUCGAUGUGACGGCCGAAGAAUCUUCAACCUUGAAUAUUAUCCUUGAUGAUCUCAACAAAGCACUUCAGGAAAUCCGCCCCUCCGCCCUCCAGGAGAUAUUUCUCGAAACUCCCAACGUCCAUUGGUCCGACAUUGGCGGCCAACACUCCAUCAAACGCCAACUGCACAAUGCCGUCGAGCGCCCGUUGAAACACGCAGACCGGAUGGCUCAACUCGGUCUACGGCCAAAGAAAGGUGUUCUCCUCUACGGCCCGCCAGGCUGCUCAAAGACUCUGCUCGUCCGCGCCCUCGCCACCGAAGCAGGCACGAAUUUCCUCGCCGUCAAAGGGGCCGAGCUGAUUUCCAUGUACGUUGGCGAGAGCGAGCGCGCGACACGCGAAGUCUUCCGCAAAGCCCGCGCUGCAAGUCCUAGUAUCAUCUUCUUCGAUGAGAUCGAUGCAAUUGCCUCGCGCGGCCGAAGCGGCAGUGAUCUGAACGUGCUGACCACCUUGCUCAAUGAGAUGGACGGGUUCGAAGAGCUUAGGAAUGUCUUUGUGGUUGGUGCAACAAACAAGCCGCAGAACGUCGAUCCAGCACUCAUGCGUCCUGGGCGGUUCGACAACGUGGUGUACAUUGGGCCGCCAGACUUCGAAGCUAGAAGGGAGAUCUUCCAGAAACGAUUGGGCGAGCUACGGUACCAGCCUGAUGUCAGCCUGGCCGAAGAUAUCGAGGAGUUCUCACGAGCCACAGAAGGGUUUUCAGGGGCAGAGAUUGUGGCGAUCUGUCAGACGGCUGGGGAAUGUGCCUUCGACGCGGAUCGAGACUUGAUUGUCGCGGAUGAUAUCAGGAAGGCAAUUCAGAGUACACCAAAGAGUAUCACACGGGACAUGCUGGACGACUACGAGAGCUGGAAUGCUGCGAGAAUGCGGUAA